UCAUACAAACCGUAACGUAUUAUACGAAAUAACACCUCGGCUACCUCUCGCUACCUAACUUCAACAGGUUUCUAAUUCAUAUCUUGAAAACAAGCUUGUCCCAAAAAGCUAUCGUCCAAUAAUAUCCUAAUCAUCUAAUAUUCUAAGCCACAUUUUACACGCGGAAUCUCGAUUGAGUCAGGUUCAGUCUUUUUUCCUAUCGCGGUUUGCGACUUAUUACUCGGCCUCAUAUUCGAGACUCUUCCAUCUUUACUUCAUACUAUUUUGUUAUUUUCUUACGUUUAAUCUAACAUAGAAUAUCUUGUAUCUCUAAGGGAUUUCCCCCUUACUUAUAACCCGAACACAGCUUCACCCAAACUAGCUCCAGAAGCUAUUCAACUCUUCAUAUUCAGGCAAAUCGGUAUCAGUAGCAAUGAGCGCACACCCAAGCCACUCGCCUCUCCCAGGCGACAAUCCCAAUUAUUACGCCGAACUCUCCGGCGAAUCGGCCCCAUCGCAUCCACCUCAGGCUAAUCAAAAUCAACAUGCUCAAUAUCCUCCACCUCCGGGUCCUCCGCCGUCUUCCGGCAAUGAUUCUCAAUACUACCCUCCUCCUCCACCCGGUCCCCCUCCCACAAACCAAACCUACGACCAAUAUCCCCCUCCUCCAGGUCCGCCACCAGCCAACACCGACCAGCAAUACUUUCCACCUCCUCCGCCAGGUCCUCCUCCAAAUGACCCGAACUAUCUCCCCCCACCGAGCUACGAAGAGUCUGGAGGUGGGGCCGGUGUUGUUGCGACCGACGAAAAGCUACCGGCUCUUCCACCGCGCCCCGUCUCUGCGCAAGGAGGACAGUCAGUACCGCAGUUUGCACCUCCUCCCACAGAAGCCUCAGUGCCGUAUGCGGCAGCGGAUCAACAUGCUCAACAACAUCCGCCCACAACGAGCGCGGCGCCACCAUCACCUUCCUCGUCGAAAUCUGGUUUCGGUCGUAAAUUGUACGAAUGGGGCAUCAAGGCCGGUGUCCCGAUUAACAAGUUAACGAACAAGCUCGGAUCAGAGGCUUUUUGGCCCACUACUAUGGACAAGGAAUGCGACAAGGCAGCAAGAAUUCUAAAGAGUUUCUGUAAGGAUGGUUUCUACGCGACAACAUCAUCCACUCCUUCAUCGAGUCGUCCGAGCUCCUCUUCGUCAUCUUCUGGACCGAGUGGCAAGUCCAAGGCACUCGUCAAAAUCCCACAGCCUGUUAUCGCCAAUGCUAAAGGUCUUGCCAUUUUCACAACGUUCCGGACCGGGUUCCACAUAUCCGGCGCCGGCGGCUCUGGGCUCGUGGUUGCACGGUUGCCAGAUGGCCGCUGGUCGCCACCUGCAGGUUUCCUCGUUCACACAUUAGGCGCGGGAGUUAUGGCCGGACUCGAUAUCUACGAUUGCAUCUGCGUACUUAACACGCCCGCAGCCGUUGAUGCAUUUGCGCGCCCACGCCUAAGCUUGGGCGGGGAAGUCGCAGUUGCGGCUGGACCUAUCGGGGCAGGCACGGGAGUUGAAGCCGCAUUGGGAAAGAGCGGCAAACCUGUUUGGAGCUACAUGAAGACACGCGGUCUAUAUGGUGGCGUACAAGUCGACGGCACAGUCGUCGUACAGCGACCGGAUGCUAACGCCGCAUUCUAUGGCGUUGACAAGAUUAGCGUGGAUAAGAUAUUAAAGGGUGAAGUUCCAGACAACAGCGGUAGACCCAAGCCCAACUCCGGCACCGAAAAGCCUAGCGGCAAGAAAGAAGAAGCAAUCGUACUAUGGCCCGAAGGCGCAAGACAGUUAUCCGAGGUGUUGAAAGCGGCCGAGGGCAAAGGCGCAGAUGAAGGUGUUAUGAAGGAACUUGGCAAUCAACCUACUCCAGGCGAUUUAGCGCCCCCACCGGACCAACAGCAACAACAGCAAGGACAAUAUUUAAAUCCCAAUCCAGGUGAUGAGAAAGGUCAUGUGAGAUUUGGUUGAGUUGAUGAGGUUUUAGGUUAUAAACAGAGAUAGGAGGUGACGAUAAUGAGUAGAAUGAGUAAUAACGUACUUAGACAUUGAGCAGUUAGAUUACGAGGCUUUAAAAAUACGUUGAGAUAAUUGCAUCUUAUACCAUAGUUGUUUUCCGUGGUGAGGGGAUUCUAAGAAACCAACAAUAUGAUUGACCCCAUUUAUAAUCGAAAGGUUGUGGAUAAAUC